AUGCUUUCAUUUGUUUUGUUGUUUGUGACAACUAUGGCCUGUUCCAUUUUGUCGCAAGACUCGAUCAGUUUUGUAGAUCGAAUGCUAGAACAGUCCUAUGGUUCAAAGAUCCGAACGUUCAACGUGUGCCCAAGAGAGCUUAACGCAUCAUGGCUCUUGCGACCACCGUUCACGACAAAUUCUGGUGAAAAUGCAAGUGAAGUACGAGGGAUGUUUCACUACGUUUUUGAUCUGGCUUUGAACAAGUGUUGCGCCAUACUUAAUGCAGGAGCCAAAACAAGAAUAAAUUUCAAAACACAAGCACUAAACAGAUCUCAACUUCACGACCUUCUCCUUAAUGAUAGCGUUCAUCUUAUUCUUCCUGUGCAAAGCGAUGAGGACAAAACGUACAAAAUGAUCCUGCCUUUCAUCAAAAUUUUCGAUUCUCCUGGAGUCGUCCUCAUCCGAAGAUCUAAUCUUACAUGUGAUCAUUCAUCAUGGAUCAAGAAUAGGGAAAUUUGGAAUGCCAUUAGCAGCUGUCUCCCCAUCGUUGCCUUGACAAUUCUGCUGUCGUUUGUAGCAGGGAUAUUUGUCUGGAUGAUGGUAAGUACAAAACAUAAUUUAGAAGAAGGAGAAUUGUAACACCCAGGGGCGGAUCCAGAGGGAAGGGGGGAUUGGGUGGCUAGGUGGCUAGCCCCCUCCACCCUAGAACAGCCCCCCAAAGAAAAUGAUAAGUGGAAAUGCGUAGAUCUAAAAAAAUAUAGAAAUACGUGGGCACCAAAAACCAUGGACACCCAACGACGGUUUCCUCUUAAAUGCAUUGAAAACACUUUUUAGGCUAUCCAGAGUACUUUUAGAUCUCUAAAAAUGCAUUCUAAGUGACUCUAAAAAAUUUAUAUCCGUUCGGUCAUCCUAGGGCAACUUGAAUCUUAUCGAAAUUACAAGGGCUUCAGUAUUAUUUUCCUCAACAUUUUAGUCGCAAUUUAAAGUUUUACGAAAUUGGGAAUUCUUCUGAUUCCUCUCUGCAUCGCAUUUUCGAUUCCGAAAAUUUAAGGUUUCCUUUCCUUACGAAAAAUAGCUUAACCUGGGGAGUGAAAUGGGAAAAAUUUAACUUCAGAAAAUCGUAGGGAAUUUAUCAGAUAAGCGUCGAAAAUUGUACAUGAAUGAAACGGUCAUCUAAAAAGUUUUAGCUUUCCCCAAGCUAUAGAAAAUUCUAGGCAAUUUUUUUUAAUUUAGCUUAGUGAAAAUAGUAACUUGAACGCUAUUAGUUAAUUCUUACGUUUCAUAAUAAUGCACUCAUCCGGGGGAAAUAUGCAAAAUACGUCCAUAAUAGGCUCCUGGUGUAUAGCAAAAAAAGUCACAAAUGAACAAGCUUUAAUACCGUUCGCCACCAUAACAUUACCCAGUUUAUGCAAGUUAAUCUUAGCCGACUGAUCGAGGAGGACUUGUCUUGUUAAAUUCAAACAGGAAACGAAGACCAAUAACGAGGAGUUUGGCAGGCCGUUUUAUCGCGGGAUAUUUGACGGCUUCUGGUGGGCUUUUGUUACCAUAUCAACAGUUGGGUAGGCACAUCCGCCUUUCACCAGCUUUUUGAGCAAAUCUUAGAUCGACACGCACCUGUCAAAAAGGUCAAAAUUCGUAGCCGUCCCAACCCAUUUAUUACGCCUGAAAUACGCGAGUUAAUGAGAACAAGAGACAAAUGGAAGAAACUGGCGCAUAGAUCUAACGACCCUCUUGCCUGGGCAGGAUUCAGGAACUAUAGACGAGAGGUUAAACGUGAAAUCAGAAUAGCCGAAAGAGAGUUUGUUCGGGAUCAGAUCGCAAAUAACCAAAAUAAUUCUUCGGGUAACUUGUGGAAAACCAUAAGAUCCAUCCAUCCUUCCUAGGAAAUCGUCAAGUCGUUUGGUAUAUAAUCAGGAUGAGGAAUCUGUUGCAAACUCCUUUAAUGAAUUUUUUACCUCAGUUGGCCGAACCACUGUUGACAAAAUCAAAGCACUUGCCUCUGAAUGUAAUUACGAUCUUACGAAAACAAACUUUGUCCCUACGCACUAUCCAUUGUCUGAACAAUUUUCAUUCCAUUCUGUUAAUUGUAAGCAAGUUGAACAGAUCAUCGCAUUGUUACCAUCAAACAAAGCACCGGGCUUUGACAACAUUUCUGUACGUGUAAUCAAGGAUGGACUGUCAGUUAUUUUGUCGCCGAUUACUCACGUCAUCAAUGCCUCUCUUACAAAUGGCGUUUUCCCUGGAGGAUGGAAACAAGCAGAAGUAACGCCUAUUCCAAAGGAGGGAGAUCAUGAACAACCUUGUAAUAACAGACCGAUCUCGUUAUUACCGGUAUUGUCAAAGGUGUAUGAAAGAAUUGCGUUGAACCAGCUGACGGCAUAUUUAACAACAAACAACCGUCUUUCUGCGAAACAAAGUGGAAAUAAGAAAUUUUAUUCCACAGAAACGGCACUUAUCCGCUCCACAGAUGCCAUUUUGACUGGCAUGGAUAAGCAGGAACUCUCUGCUAUGGUUUUGUUGGACAUGAGUAAGGCAUUUGACGGUAUAAAUCAUGAUAUUCUCCUUUUAAAACUACAACAUCUCGGUAUUUCUAAAUACGCUCUCGCGUGGUUUACUAGCUACCUGACCUACAGACACCAAGUCGUGCGUAUUAACUCGACCCUCUCGAAUUCGUUGCGUUUAAAUAGUGGUGUCCCUCAAGGAAGCAUUCUUGGGCCGCUUCUUUUUAGUAUUUACAUUAACGACUUACCUUCUGUUCCUAGAAACUGUUUAACGCAAUGUUACAUAGAUGACACUAAACUUCAGAUUUCUUUUAAGAUGAGUGAUUGUCCGACUGCUAUGAACGAUCUAAAUAGCGACCUUCUUUUAAUACGUAAUUGGUGUUUUAACAAUUUUCUACUUUUAAAUCUUGACAAAACAAAACUCGUAGUCUUUGGAAGCCGACAACUACUUGCCAAACUCCCCGACUUCAAAAUAUCUCUUCUAGGAAAAGAUCUCGCUCUUACAUCUUCGGCCAAAGAUCUUGGGGUUGUUUUAGAUCCGUAACUAACGUUUGAUGACCAUGUUCUAAAAACUACGUCAUCUUGUAUGUCAAGCCUCGCACAAACCAGUCGGGUUAAACAUGUUCUUGACCGUAACCAACUGGUGACAGUAAUAAAUGCACUAGUCUUUAGCAAAUUACUGUACUGUUCCACAGUGUGGUCGAACACCUCGAACAAAAAUAUCUGUAGACUACAGUAAGUGCAGAACUUUGCCGCGCGCAUUAUUACAGGUACCAGGAAAUUUGAUCAUAUAACCAAUUAAACAAAAGCUGUUCUUCCGCGACGCUCUCAUGGCAUUUAAAUGCAUGACUGGUCAAGCUCCACAUUACCUCAGCGAUCAAUUUACAACAAGAAUUGCGGUCACCGGGCGCGUGACUCGAAGUUGCCAAUUAUUAAACAUCCCCUUGUAUAAGUCGAGUACCGGACAGAGAACAUUCCACUACCGCAUGGUGCACAUUUGGAACAAUCUAGACAGUACUCUUAAAACUGCAAAAUCGAUUUCUACUUUUAAAUUUUGUCUGAAAAAUAAGUUGAUUACUGACUUUUUAAAUAGCAGGUUAUGAUAGUAUUUUAGUAUCUUACUAGUAUCUUAUUUUAUUUUAACUUAAAAUAUGCAUAUUGUAUAGUACGUAGUGAGAAUAUUUAUUAUACGAUUAAUUCUUAAAUAGGUAUGUUUAUAUUGCUUUGUUCACCGCAUUCUUUCUUUUUAAUCGAAUUGUUAACUACUUCUCUUAUCUUAAUUAGUUUUUUUUUUUUUUUUUUUAGUCGCAUUGUCACUGAAAAGCCCCCCCAGGGGAGUGUCAAUAAACUAUUGUAUUGUAUUGUAUUAUAGGAAUCUUUGCUGACGUCAUAUACAUUUUUGCUCAUUAGCAUACGAAGUUACCCACAGAAGGCGUCACGGCAUGCACAAAUUAAAUCCAAACGUUGAGAGAGUUGGUUAAUUUGAGCAAUUUGAGCAAUUUUCCGCUCUUUGCAAGCAAUAACAAAGGAAAUAACUACGAAAUUGCUGAGUGGCAAAGCCUUAAUGAGCCCAUAUAUUCUUUGUAAGGUUUCGAGGCUUUCAAAGAUAAUUUCUCCGAAACUAUUCGGUAUAUCUGGCUCUUUUUUUUGUCAUAGAUAACUGAAAUUGUGAUACUCUUUUGAUAUUCAGAGGGUUUAUUUCAAUAGCUUGCUCACAGAAUGAAAGGCAUAUGCUAACUGAGGCAAAAAAAUGUAAAGAAAGAUUUGCCUAUUAAACAGUUAUAGGUUAUUGCCUAAUUUCAAACCGAGAGUGGCUGGGUCGAGUCCGUUUAUUUAUAAAAUAACUGAGAUAGUACGCGUGAUCUGAUUGGUCAAAAACCUAUGGUUUAUUAUACCGGUAAACCCAUAGAAAAAGGCAUCCGGACCACGAGCCAUAAACAAAACCGAAGUUGAAUGCAGGGCAAGAUUAAAAAACUUCCAUUCAUCAAACGUACUUUGUAUCUGUCCCUCUCUUUUCGAAACCUAUCUUAAGAAGGCAAAAUAUAGCAUCUACGAAAAACUCUCAAGAGUUUUUAGCGUCCCAGGUUUCCGUUUUGAGGAGAAAUAAAGCCACCAACUCCAGUACUUCUAACCGUCCAUUUUUCAGCUGCAUUGCCAGGAAGCCCUUGUACUUGGUAAUUUAUUCAAGCUUUUUAGACUUGACAUCGCAUUCGCGCGGCAAGUUUGCCGCUUGGCGAUAAAGAUGAAGAAAAUAUGACAAUCGUCUUAUUCUUUUCAUUAUCCCCGGUGGCAAACUGGCCGUGCGAAUGUGAUGGCAAAUCUUUCAAGCUUGAAUAAAUUACCUAAUACAAGAGUUUUCGUUACAGCUGAAAUUUGAUCGGUUGAAGAACUGGAGUUGGUGGCUUUAUUUCUCCUCAAGACGGGAGCCUUCGGUCCUAAAAACUGGUAGGAGAUUUCUGUAGAUGCUAUAUCUUGCUUUGUUGAGAUCUUUUUAGAAAAGAGAAGGGCAAAUACACGGUAACUUUUAUAGAUAGAUGUUCGUUCAUCUUGCCCGCAUUCGGCAAGAAGUUGUUCUUCUUGCAUUGCGAACUUUAUUCGCCGUAGGUUUCUGAUUAGCCAGUUUCUUGCAACUAAAGCUUUGGGCAAGAAUACCCUUGCAGAUAGGAGAUAGUCCGUCAGCAGUUUCCUCUAUUUGCGUGUCAAGUUUCACAAAUGUGUUAGCGUUGCAUUUUAAGAUUAAGUUUGACAAGACAUUUGUGCAGCGAGUUCUACGGUCACGACUGACUUCAAACUUACAGUAAUAAAACUAGAGAGCUCUGAAGCUUAUUUUUUGUAAAAAUGCGGUUUUAAACAUAUGCUGAUAUCUCAAACGUUUUUAUACCUACAAGAAAAUAAAUAACAGUUUCUUAAAGGUCGACCAUUCCUUAUUAAGGAUGCCAAAAAUCAUAGAAAUCGGUUAAGUCUUUCCUGCCGAAAAACGCGAUUUUAAAACAUAACCAACGCGCAUAUAAUAGGUUCGGGCCACAAAGAACUCAUACUGAUUCAAUAUUUUUCGCGCUUAUUCCAAGAAAGCGUGACGCAAGUAUAAAAGUUGCUGUUUUUCCAGUCUAAACCAAGAGUGGAUAAAGAGCUUUAGUAUAUACUAAAACAGUGGAUAGUGUUUUUCGCGCGCUCUGAUUGGCUGCUCAAUCAGUGAAUAUCCUGCACUAUUCACUGAUUCACCUCCAGUUCCUCCGAGCGAGCGACGCCAAACUCGCGUAAGUUACGAGCAAAAUGCCUUCCCGGUUUGCUGCCGUAACAAAAAAAGAAAUUUCACAACUAAUCAAGCAAGCUGUUCCCGAAAUACACGAAGAAGGAGACGAAGUUCGGUUUGGAAGUUUUAGCAGGUAAAGCUUUCUCUGUUUGACUUGAAUUUAUCGAUAAAACCGGUGAAAAAGUUUUUUGUUUACAAAUGCAAAUUAACCUUAUUAAUCUUGCUUAAAACUACAUAUAAUAACCUUUUUUACAAAAUGAUUUUAAAUAGAAAAAGAAUUCACAACUCCUUUUGAAGAAAUUUCCCCGCAAGAGCUAAACAAAUGCCUUCAAAAUUUUUAUUUGUCGACAAGAAAAAGCGACGACCGCGGCCAUUCGGUCAUUGCGCGCCAAAAUUGUAAUCAUUGGCAACAGUAAAUGAGUUGAAAAUCAUUUUUGUGCUCAAUUAUCUCACUGUUUCAGAAUAUACUAAAACAAUUAUUCACCUCAGGGUCGGUGGCUAGAUCUAACUUAACAGCCUAGUGUAAAGACAACCAUCAUAUGAUUGAUCUGCAGUACACAAGUAAUAAUAAAUCAAGGUAAUUUCGAAAAAAAAAUAACAACUCUUCUUUCUUCAGUCGGUUUUUGGUGACUCUGAUGACGAUGUUGAGAAUAACAACAGACAUAAGUAGAACCAUUUUCUCAGUAGAUAGCUGAAACGUUUUAAAUUUUGAAUGCAUUUUUUCUUGAAGAUACGGCGACAAGACGCCGAAGUCUGUAAUUGCCCGACUGUUUGCUGUGGGAUGGAUAAUGAUUGGUGUCACCAUCUGUUCACUUUUGGUAGCCACAUUGUCUAAAGCUUUGACAAGCGUUACAGUGGAGAGAUUUGGUGUGGUCGCACAAAUGAAGGUUGGUACAAAAUGCAAUGAGGAAUUUCAUUUCUUGUCGACUUGAUGUUAGCAACGGCCUAACGGGGGAACAAGGAUGGCGCAUUGGAGACAGCACAUCACACGCCACCCACUAAUGUGGCCCGAGUUCAAACCCCGGCGUCGACACCAUAUAUACGCUGAGUUUAUCGUUGGUUCUUUUCUUAGUUCCGAGAGGUUUUUCUCCGGGUCUUUCAGUUUCCCCCUCUCCUUAAAAACCAACACUUCCAAAUUCAAAUUCAAUCUGGAACGCACGGACAUGUUUCAACGAGUUCGUAAGAACUGCUACGUGCAUGCUUCUUGGGUAAACAAUAGAGAGCAAUGACAAUCCUCCUUGUUUUAUAGGUUGGUGCCACAAGAGAUAGCAUUGGUUUGCAGAAAGCGGUGAAUCUUGGUGCGAACGUAAGAGGUGAUUGUCUUUUGCUACCAAACUAUUCCAGAAUAUUUCUUUAAUUCAAAGAGACUCACAGUGGAAGAUCUAAGUUAGGUAUACUAGCCGAUUUUAUUUUAUGUGUACUCAGCUUUUGAGGACCUUAAUGAGGCCUACAACGCUUUGAUCAAUGAAAAGUCGAUAGAAGGAGUGAUGGAGGAGGUGUUCACAACCACGGAAUAUAUCAAGAAAAAGAACAAUCCAUUGUUUUCUGUUGUCCAUUUCUUUGAAGAGAAGCAUGGCUAUGGUGUGGCAUUCAAAAACAAUCCUUUUUGGGAAAACAGCAAACUGGACAAGUGCAUGAAGGAUGUCGUCCAAUUUGUAGUCAACGAUGAUAAAUACGCUGUUAUGUCCAAGUUCGUUAGUAAAAUCGAGGUAUGA